GAGAAGCAGCGGCGGCAGCAGCAGGAAGUGGGCGCGCGAGGCGGCAGCGGAGGAGCCGGCGAAGAGAAAGCAAAAGCCGGCCGGGCUGCUGCUCCUGCCGCCGGCGCCGCGCCAUGGCCCGCGAGAACGGCGAGGACGGCUCCUCGUGGAAGAAGCCAGCCGACGACAUCAGCAAGAUCUUCGAGUUCAAGGAGACCCUGGGCACUGGUGCAUUUUCUGAAGUAGUUUUGGCUGAAAACAGGACUACUGGAAAACUAUUUGCAGUCAAGUGCAUCCCAAAGAAAGCCCUGAAAGGGAAGGAAAGCAGCAUUGAGAAUGAAAUUGCAGUUCUGAGAAAUGUGUCCGGAGGUGAACUAUUUGACCGCAUCGUAGAGAAAGGAUUUUACACUGAGAAAGAUGCCAGCACUCUGAUACGGCAGGUGUUAGACGCUGUGUAUUAUCUUCACAGAAUGGGCAUUGUUCACAGAGACCUCAAGCCUGAAAACCUGUUGUACUACAGCCAAGAUGAAGAAUCUAAAAUAAUGAUAAGUGAUUUUGGACUGUCAAAAAUGGAAGGUAAUGGCGACGUCAUGUCCACAGCAUGUGGCACCCCAGGAUAUGUCGCUCCUGAAGUUCUUGCCCAGAAACCCUACAGCAAAGCAGUAGACUGUUGGUCCAUUGGAGUUAUUGCAUAUAUUCUGCUCUGUGGGUAUCCUCCCUUCUAUGAUGAAAAUGACUCCAAGCUUUUUGAGCAGAUCCUUAAAGCAGAAUAUGAAUUUGACUCUCCAUACUGGGAUGAUAUCUCUGACUCUGCCAAAGAUUUUAUUCGGAAUUUGAUGGAGAAAGACCCAAACAAAAGAUAUACCUGUGAGCAGGCAGCCCGACAUCCCUGGAUUGCUGGUGACACAGCCCUCAAUAAAAAUAUUCACGAGUCCGUCAGUGCACAGAUUCGCAAGAACUUUGCAAAAAGCAAAUGGAGACAAGCAUUUAAUGCCACAGCAGUUGUGAGACACAUGAGAAGGUUACAUCUUGGCAGCAGUUUGGACAGUUCAAAUGUAAGCAUGUCAAGCUCCCUCAGCCUGGCGAAGCCACUACCUGAUGGAACAGCCAGGAAAGAUUGUAUGUCCCCUUCCACCCCCUGUAGUUUUGCAUCAUCGGCUUCAUCCCCGGUUUCUGCCGUAGGAGAGCGGAGACCGAGGCAGACCACAGUGACAACAGUGCAUACAGGGACCAAGUGAUCCAGACUGCUGCUGCCCCCGCCCUCUGGAGGAGGUCAGAGGUGGGGGGAGUGCCCAGGCAGGCGUGGAGAUGCAGGCAAGCCUUCUCCCGGGUGAUUUCAUCCUGCAUUGCAAGCUCAGUGAAGGACUGGAAAGAAGGAUUUUUUUAAAUGGCCAUAUUUUAUACUGCAAUUCUGAAAUGUUGCAUUUAUCACCAACUGCAAUGACUCUGGGAGGGUGGGAAGGGUCAGAUCUAACAGUAUCUGGUGCUGAGUUAAUGAAUCUAGGAAUGUUCUAAUGGACACUCAUGCUAGUUCCUCAAUGAUUUACUCUAUUUUCAGUGUAGGUAACAGUAUAUGCUUUUUCAUUAACUAAAGGUCUCAACUGGAUUAUUUAAAUAGAGGUGAUUUCUGAGCAUUAUCAUUUUCUUCUUUUAUUCUUCUCCAUAUUUCUAUCUGUGUUGGUUUUGUUCAGGGGUAGAAAGCAUACACAAUUUUGCAUUAACCUUUCAGAUCAAAAGGGUUUCAAAUGCAUAUUAUUCUUUAUCUUAGUUCCUAACAUUGGACUGCAAACUAGUCUGGAUCUUUCAGUGAUGUGAAAACUAACUGCUUUCUUCCACCUCAUUUUGAGAAAAGGUUGGUUCCCUUCCCAUCACAUGGAUGCUUACUCAGCAAUGGUCUAAUUCUGAGUUGGUGCUUAUGAACCUGCAGCCAAGGCUGACAUUUGAAUAUGAGAAAAAACAAAAUAGUACGUUGGAUUGGAGCAAAAUGCCACUAGCCUGCCACUUCCUACUGACAGUCACAUAAAAGUUCCACCCAAGCAGUCCUACUUUACAGUAUUGCUCUCUCUCUCUCUCUUGGUAUAUCUGCCUAUGCCACCCCUGAUUGGGUUGUUUUGUUUUUGAGAGGGACAGGAUCAGCGAGGAAGUACAAACAGCCAUGUGCAUAAUACUCACAUGACAGUAUACACAAAUGUACAUAUUUGUUUUCCUAUACCCAUGUAUGCAUAUAUAUGUAAAGUAGCUCUUAGUGUGGUGAACAAAGCCCAUUUGGGAUGCCUGGGUGAGUUGGAGCCGUCUCGCCUACCUUUUGUUUCUAGCUGUGCUGAGAGUUCUGAACUCUCGUGUGACUGACAGGAUGAUGGUGCUAUCACAGGUUGUCCCUCCUGGUGUAGUGAACGGUCUUGUGAAUGCCCAGGCACUUCUGUAACAUGUCUGGUAGAGAUUUUGGCUCAGUGUCUCCUGUAAAAUCUUACCUAGGAAAUGGUGAGCUACAAUUCCUGAUGUAUGCUGGAGGAUACACAAGACCAGUUACUGCAUAUGAAUUCUCAUGCUGUGGCAGAACAGUUGUGCGAAUUAGCCUUCACUACUGUAGCUUGCCACAAAUGAGGCUUGCCAAAGCAUUCUGAAAGGCUUCUGAAGGGAAGUGGUACUGUGGCUAGUCAAUAGCACUGGGCAUCAGCAAUUCUCAUUGAAUUUGCUGUACUACUUGAAAUAAUGUGUUGUGUUUUGCAGUGUUUUGCACACUGAGAGCUUCUUUAGCUAAUUCAGAGAAGUAGCAAAAGUUUGAGUAGCUUCCUUUCCCCACAGUUUCAAGUUUCAUCUGAAGGCAAUGUGAUGUGCCUGUUCUUUUCAGAAAUGUGUAUGUGUUCUGCCUUUGCUCUAAGAAUGUGUAACUCCUUCCUUAUGUGGGGAGCAGAAGCCCAACAAAUUUAUGCUUCCUCUCUUUCCACGUGUCUGGAAUGUCCAGUGCAACUUUUAAAAUGUAAGUGCACCAAAAUAUCGGGAACGGCCUUUAAAAGUUCUCCAUUUUAAACAUCUGUGGUUAUCCGUCAUGUGACAAAAGCACACUGUGAAAUGGAGGGCUGCCUAUGUGUAUGUGGUUAUUGUUAAUGCAUACUGCACCAAGGGCUGUAAUUUGUGAUUACAAGGAAGGAAAGGGCUGAGCUGAAUGAACAAGAUCCCUUGGUAGGCAGGCGUUCACCCCAGCUGGUCAUAACAAGAAAACUUGGUUUUCUGAUUUAAAAUCCCCAGUGAAGCUAUUGUCCAAAGUACAUUUUACAAAUGCAGGCAUCUGAUCUGCUACAAACAAAUAGGGCCACUCUUUCUUCUCUGCUAUGGGAUAUACUUACUACUUCCCUGUGUGUAUAAGAUAUACAGAUUUUGAAACAGCUGCCCAAUUCUGAGUGCAUUAGGCUUCAUUGGAAAAUACCUUAUAAAUUCAUUCCAUGCUCCUCUGGUAACCCUCCUGCCACGUUUAUGUCAAUUGCAGUUCAGUGGCAGAAGAGAUGCUUUGAAACCAUCAUGCUUCAGGUCCUGCGCUUGGCAUCUAGUUAAAGGAUCUUCCAGAGAGCAGGACCACUGCACCAAGGCCUUUGGGCAGCUGCUGCCAGUCAGUGCAGAGGCCAUUACUAGGCCAGAGGGACCAAUGGUCCACCUUGGCUUAAGAGAGUUUCCUAUGCCAGAUACCAGCCUGGUCUUCCUUGUACAGAACAACAAGACGUAGUUACCUAAGAAUUGUCAUGCUGCUCACAGCAAGCAUUCAGCUUGUUAAGCAUUCCAAUUCUAAUAUCAGCCAGCCAGCUGCCAUGGGUGCUCACAGACAGAGCAGGAAGAUGGAAACCUUGCUGGUACUUAGUGAUGCUCUGCACUUAGUAAAUCCAACCACAGAUAACACCAGCUGGCCUAUAGCAUCUUGGGAAUCUGGUUCUUGAUCAAGUCCCUUUUGCUCAAAGUGUAGGGUUGGGAUUAAGGGAGAGAGAAAAUUGCUUCCCCAUAUGCUGCAUUGACCGUACACAGUCCCAGUGUAAGAAUUAAACUCAACAAACGCUCUAUAGGCAUUUCAGCUAAAUACAGACAGUAGUACCACCUCCACUAUCUACUGUCUCAGUCUUUACCACCUAAAACCCAAAGCCAUGUAUUACGGAUUUAGAGCAAAGCAGGAGUGCAAAAGCCUGCGUGGUGUAUCUGCUGCUGAGCUUAGAGUAUUCUAGACUGCUGGUAGGGACUGGAUGUUUGAACGCUUCUUUGCAUAAAAACUUUCCCUGCAUAUACAAAAUGAGUCUGUCCAGGAGAUGGUUCAAGGGCAGAGUAUGAAUGGAAAUAAAGAAAUAUUGACAUCCCUUCUACCCAGAAUACCCAGCACGCUCUUGAUCAGUGCACAUGAUAUUGAUGCUAAUGAUAUGAGGGAAAGAGAAGGAUGUUAGCCAUGCUAGGAGUGGUGGCCUGAUUCAAAAGGUACUUCAGUAAAACUUUCUAGAUGGCAUAAGCAAGUGAACCAGUAUCAGGGUGCAAUCCAGCCAGAGUUAAACUCGGUUAAACCCCAUGUAUGUCAAUGGGGAAAUUGUGCAGGUAAUUAAGUCUCUCCUAUUAACAUCAGUGGGACUGACAUGUACUUAACUUUGGCUGCAUCAUUUUGUAGACCUUUUCUCUCCCCUGCUUCUUUGCAUUCAGAAAAGUAAAGGGUGUCCAUAUUUCCUUAUAAUCUGAGUAAUGCAUACAACCCUUUUUGUCCGAGUUAUAGAACAAGUUUCUCUUACACUUUGAAAUCUUGUGGCAACUAAGUGGCUUGCUUCUUUAUUUUAUCUAGAGAGAAACCUCAUUGAUGUUUCUGUUUUCUGUAGGUCAAAGCUAAUUCAAUUAAGGUUAAAUCUUUAUGGCACCAAUUCUAAGUAUCAGGAUUCAAUCAGCUGAAAUGUAUUCCCUUUCUUUGUUUUGUCUUAGGAUGCAUACCUAUGCAACAGAGUGAUUUCAUCCUUCACCUCCCAGGUUUUUAAAAAAUAAUCUAGUUUUAAAAGUUUUCUGGAAAUGGGCAGUGUGAAAGCGUAUGUUUACCAGCUCUAUUUAUGUCAUUUAUGUCAUGGACACUAGCCAAUAUGUGCCCACAACAGCCGUACAUUUAUAUGUGGUGAAUGUGCAUUUAUCAUUUAUCCUUUUUCUGCUGGGAGGAGAAACAGAUCUUUCCCCCCUGGCAAAACAUGUUGAAAGCCAGUUUGGCCGGAGCCCACAAUAACAGUGGGGUGGGAGGGAUGUACAUUUGUCUUGUGGGCCGUGAUGAAUGUAUCUGUCUCCAGCUCUCAGAAAAUGCUAGAUUUAGUCACAGCCACACACAUGAUUUGUUUUGGGUUUUAUUUUAAUUUUUCCCUAAUAGAAAACAUCUCCAAAUGUUGGUAGGAGAUCACUGCUGGGUAGACAGUGACACCAAAAUGAAACUGCAUGAAACUGCUUUGCAUGUUUUCAACUGAAUGCUGUUUUUAUGCUUCCCUUCCAAAGGUUUGCCUCUGUGUUAAUACACAUUCCAAAGUCCUAGGCUUCUAUGUCUAAAAUGCUAUUUUGUGGAAAA